GUUUGCUGAAAGUCGCCGUAGAUAACGCCCGGGUGCAGGAAAAGCAAAUCCAGCAGGAGAAGAAGGAACUAAAGAUGGAGCUGUGUAGGGAAAGAGAAUUGAGAGAGAACCUGGAAAGGCAGCUUACAGCUGAGCUGCAAAGCAGAGCCACAAUUCAAAAGCGCUUGAAAAAGGAGAAGAAAGCGAAGAGGAAAUUGCAGGAAGCUCUGGAGUUUGAAUCGAAGCGGAGGGAGCAAGUAGAACAAGCACUGAAGCAGGCUACAUCAGGGGACGGUCUCAGGAUGCUGAAUGAUGCUGGGAUUCCAGACAUGGAAGUUGACCACAACGGGACUCAACAUGAGAACGCGGCAAUGCAAGGUAUGUGGUCUUGCAUAUAUACUGUAUUGGAGGGAUGUCCAUGGCACAUUGUGCCAGUAUUGCUACAGCACGAUAAGCCCCGGAGCACAAUUAAAAAUCAACAUGGGUUAGAACUUAAUCACUAUAACGCCAACCUCUUGGUGUGUCCAAACAAGAAUUCCCACCAAUGGGCUAUGAAUGUGAACUUAGCACAUUUCAACAAG